AUGUUCUACGCUCGCUCUGCCGUUCGUGCCUCUGGCACUCCAAUUAUUGGCGUUCUGCCCCCUGUCACCAAAGUUUCCAAGCGCCUUUCCAAGCGCACCGGCAUCUCUUCUGGCAGUUUCUCUCCCGCUAUCGACGUCGCCGUUGCCGCCCCAAAGACGCCCGCUGUCGACUUAGCACAUGGCGCCAACGGUGCUGUUACCUCAGCGCCGGCUCCUGUGGUCCCAGCUCCUCUUCCCGCUCCUGCUUCGUCCAUUGCCUCUCGCUUGCGCAAGUUCGCCGGGAUCCCGACUGCGCCAGUGGACACGCCGGUGCCGGUGCGCAAUCUUCAUAGCGCUCGCCCUCCCUCGGCCGUCUUCGAUGCUCUCAGCUCUACGUACAAGGUGGAGCUGACUAAGAAGGAAGUGGAGAUCGCUCAGUUGCGCGAGGAGCUCGAGCGUGCGCGCCGGGAGUCAGUGCGCAAGGACGCGCACAUUGCUCAUCUGAGCAAAGUGGUCACUCUCAAGGACCGCACGAUCAGUGACGAGCGGGCUCACACGCGCAAGGCGAUUGAGAACCGCGACAUGGAGAUCUCUCUCUUGCGCAAACAACGUUCCAGAUCUUGGGUGAACACGAUACCUGUCGACGUUACGUCGCCCGCCCCCGGAGAGUCCUCUAGCCAGGCCUUGUCCCAUUCAGGUCUGCGCGAGUCCGCUUCAUCUCAAACAUCCGUCCCUGCUGUUCCGGUCGCCUCUUUCGUGAAGGCCCCGUCACGGCGCGCAUUGCUAGUUGGUAUGGCCGGCGGGUCCAGCGACCGGCCAUUGCCCAGUUCUCUGCGCGACCUUAGGCUACCGAAGGCUGCCGCAGAGCCUUCGUCUUCGCGGAUCGCUACCCUCGAGCUCCGAGUUCAGCACGAACAGGAUGGUAGGCGAGCUGUUGAGACCGCGCUUCACGCCCAAAGGCGCGAACACGCUAUUCAGCUCCAGGCCCAGGAUACCGCGCAUUGCCGCGAGGCCGAGGCUGCCGAGGCCCUGCUCGCGUCUUAUGUGGAGGAGAACACUCGUCGUCGGCGCGUUUUGAGGUCUGUUCGCAUGGCCCAAUGUCAAGCACUACCGCAGCCUCCUCCACCCGCCGCCAGCAAGCUCGCUCGCAAGAUUGGCGCUGGUACCCAGGUCGUCUAG